UUGGCCUUUCUGACAACUAAUAAAUUGAUCUAAACCUUUUGAACUCAAUUGAUCUAUACUUUAGUUUUCAAAAAAAAAUUGAUCUAUACUUUAGAGCUCUUUGAUUUGAUUUGAUAGGUUUUGAAAGUUUUGAUUCAUACAGAUUUCAGACCAAUCAGAGUUCGGAAUUAGGGCUUCUCUCGUGUAUUGAUUGCAGUCAUUACCAUCUGAUGUAGAAUGUAGUAUAGUAUUUAACUUACACAAUGUAUUUAUAAAAACUUGUUCUUAAUGUUCUUUAUAUUCUCUUACAAUUAAUCAGAAAAAUCAACCUCUCUACCUCUAGAAUCGCGUCUUCUUAGCUCAGGCAAUUGUGCGUAUUGUUUUGUUGGGUCAAUAGUCAGUUUUUAGGGGUUUGGUCCGUGCAUUAUUGCACUCACGAUCAAGGUCUGAGGUGUUUUAUGUUGAUUUUGUUAGCUUGAUUCAUUAGUAAUAGUUGUUUGUCAAUUUGAUCGACAAAAAUCAUCUCUAGAUAGAGUUUUGGAAGAUUCGAAUUAGUGAAGGAUGGAGAAGAAAAAGAUCGCAGUUCCACUUGUUUGUCAUGGGCAUUCUCGCCCUGUCGUCGACUUGUUCUACAGCCCAAUCACUCCCGAUGGGUUUUUCCUUGUUAGUGCCAGCAAGGAUUCCACCCCAAUGCUGAGAAACGGUGAGACUGGAGAUUGGAUUGGAACCUUCGAAGGACAUAAAGGUGCUGUGUGGAGUUGUUGCCUGGAUAGAAAUGCUCUGCGUGCUGCAUCUGCGUCUGCUGAUUUUACUGCAAAAAUAUGGGAUGCAUUAACGGGCGAUGAAUUGCACUCAUUUGAGCACAAGCACAUAGUUCGGGCAUGUGCUUUUUCAGAGGAUACACACCUUCUACUCACUGGUGGUGUUGAGAAAAUACUUCGCGUAUUUGAUUUAAAUCGACCAGAUGCACCUCCAAGAGAAGUUGAUAAUUCUCCCGGUUCAGUUAGAGCUGCUGCAUGGCUUCACAGUGACCAGACCAUUUUAAGUUCCUGCUCCGAUAUUGGGGGGGUGAGGUUAUGGGACAUGAGAAGUGGCAAAAUCGUCCAGACACUUGGGACCAAGUUACCUGUAACAAGUGCUGAAGUCAGUGAGGAUGGCCGAUAUAUAACUACUGCUGAUGGGUCCACUGUUAGGUUUUGGGAUGCAAAUCAUUUUGGUUUGGUGAAGAGCCACAGCAUGCCCUGCAAUAUAGAAUCGGCUUCACUGGAACCAAAGCAUGGUAAUAAGUUCAUUGCUGGAGGAGAAGACAUGUGGGUUCAUGUUUUCGAUUUCACUACAGGAGAAGAGAUUGGAUGCAACAAGGGUCACCAUGGUCCAGUCCAUUGCUUGCGAUUUUCUCCAGGAGGUGAAUCUUAUGCCUCAGGAUCUGAAGAUGGAACCAUCAGAAUAUGGCAGACGCCUUUGAAUCAUAAUGAGCAUGAUACAUCUCCUGCAAAUGGACCAACUGAUAAUGUGAAGGUUGCAGCUGAUGUGGUCACACAAAAGAUUGAGGGCUUUCAUCUAGCCAAAGAAGGCAAGGCAGGCGACAAGGAAAAGGCAGCAGAUGUUUGA